AUGACGUCGAGGGAGGUGGAGUUAGCGGGUGGCGCGCCGUGGGGUUUUCGAAUGCACGGUGGGUGCGAUCAAAACCAACCACUGCGGAUAUCCAGGGUAAAUCCCGGCCGUAAAGCAUCCUUAGGCGGUAUUCGGGAGGGAGACGUCAUAACCUCAAUUAAUGGGCAGUCGACCAAGAAUAUGACAAACUCUGAGGCGCAUGCAAUGCUUCGAUCAGCUGGGCCUAAUCUAAGAUUGGGAUUGAACGAAGACAAAGAGAUGUCACCUCGAAGAAGAUCUAUUGGCAAGGCUACCGAGUUGAAAAGACCAUCGCAUCUGCUGACUGACAUUAACAGCGGGAAAGCAAUAUUACAAGCACCAGUGUAUGCGACAAUACGACCUGCGUCUCACAACAAAUCUACAGCUCCACCAAUGAGAUCUCUCAGUUCACCUCCUACUUCAAUAAACACAGCCCCUCCAUUAACUGUUGACGAACCUCCAAAAAUUCACCCAACAAAUCCAUUUUAUACAACUUUACCGUCGAAUUACUCAAGUGCUUCCAGAUUACCAAUACCAAAUGGUCGAUCCUCGUUUUCAUUAUUAGAUAGAAAUAAUUCAAUUACUAGAUCCAAAGAUACAUUUGAAACUUGUGAUAGUAAAUCCCCUUUUUCUAAUUAUAAUCCUGAAUCAAAUUUACAUAAUCCAACUUACAAUUUACCUGUUAAUGGUGCUCCGAAUACAGUGGAAUUAAAUUCCUCUAAGACUUAUGACACGAAUGGAACUCAACAAAAUAAAUCUCAUGACAACUCAUAUCUUCGUAAUCCUUUUGAUACCUCCCAAAAUAGUGACUGUUUUGAUAGAUAUCAUAAAUCUAAUGAACAAUACAAUGCAAAUUCUACAAACGAAGCGGAUUUCAGUUCAAGAGAAGAGGUGAUGAAACAUUCGAUAACAGAACACAAAAUAAGUGAAAUCGAAGAAGUGAAGACGAUAAAAAAGGUGGUAUUGAAUGGUUCCAGUGAUGAGAUUUCUGAUAUGUCUGAUAUUAAAACUGAUUUAAAAUUAAGUCCAGACACAAACGGAACAAAGGAUACGCCCAAAGAGCAUAUAAUAACUCCAAUUAUCGAAUCUAGAAACGGUGUCAAGAAGACAGAAGGAGACCGGCAGCAUUUAAGUUCCUCAGUGAUUUAUAAGCCAGGUGCAGAUACUUUUGACAGUAUAUCGUUACAAGAAACGCAGUCCAACGAUGUCGUUUCGUCAAAACCACCUGUGAAGUCGCCAAGCCUCUCUCAAGUUACGAGUCCAACGUAUAAACGGAAACAUGAUACAUUUCUCAGAAAUUCUAUCAAUCUCUUAAAUAACCUGGUUGACUCUUGUUAA